AUGUUGGGCAAGAAUUGUUGAAAUAUUUCGUUUACUAUAUGAGGCCAAAAAUAGAACAAUAAUAAUUGCACAAGGAGCAGAAAAUAAAAGUUUUAUUUAUAAUUCUGCACGAUUUUCUGGCCUGAUGACGAUAUUGCUCUUCAAUUUUGUUCAUUGUUAUAACUAUAGUCUUCAAAGAGUUGUUUAUCAUCGAUGCAUACACAGAACGGUCAACAUUGAACAUGGCAUCAUCAUCAUUGAUCAACUUAAAUUCAUUUAAAUUUAUGGUCAUCAUACCGGCAGCUGGUUUAAGUGAACGUUUUUGCGCGAACAAUUCUUCAUCUAUGAUUAUCAAUGGAACAACUGCAAGAAACAGAAUUCGCUCUCAAUCGUUACCGCCGUUUUUUAACAAAAAAUCAUCAUCUUUAAUGGGAAAGCAAUAUACGGUCAUCUGUAAUAAACCACUCAUCUAUCACACCGUGGCCGCUUUUCUUAAGUUAAAAUGGAUCGAUCAUAUUUUGGUGAUGACAGCUCAGGAUUCAAUGUCUCAAAUGCAAGAGAUUCUGCUAUCUUUGACUAAACAACAGCAAAAACGUUUGGAUAUUGUAGCCGGUGGUUCGAGUCGUCAUCGUUCGAUUAAAUUUGGCCUUGACUUUAUCAAUGCUAAACGAAUGCAACCCGAUUUUGUCAUUGUACAUGAUGGAGCGCGGCCUUACCUCGAUGAACAGGUGCUACAUCGGCUAGUCAGCGAAUGUUAUCAGCACGGUGUUGCCGGUGUAUAUUGUCCACUCACAUCAACUAUCAUUGAACCACAAAAGGAUACAUUUAUGCUAAAUCGAGUGUUAGAUCGUUCUCGAUAUGUAGCAAGUGAAACGCCCCAAGCUUUUCGUUAUAAUUUAUUGACAGAUGCAUAUCUGAAAUGCUCGCCCGAUGAUCUCGACAAUAAUACAGAAUGCCUAGAUCUUAUCAAACGAUAUUGUAAAUUUGAUGCUAAAUUAAUACCCGUCGAUCCUUCUGUUUAUUUUAAAGUCACAUACCGAAAAGAUAUUUACGCUGCUGAUCAUAUCUUGAAAGAGCAGCGAAAUAUUCUACUUCAUUGCGAUUUCGAUUGUGAAAAGCCAAAUGUUAAUUAUAAAUUCAUCAAAGAACUCAAAGAUGAUUUGAUAUCUAAUUUUGUCAAUGUGAAAUAUUUUUCGGAUUCCGCAAAGCUCAAAAAUACACUUGUUUCCCAUUCUCCUGGAACUGUUCAUGUAUUAUUACAUUAUUGUGAAAAUUGGAGCCGUGUUAUCGAGCAAAAUUUGGCUGCUUAUGAAAAUCUGGUUUAUAUUGUGAUCAAUUCGGAUGCCGAUGAACCUAAUCUAAAUGAUUAUGCCUCCAAUCGUUUAUUGAAAUGGGCACGUUUAGCUAAAUCAAAAGAAAUUCGAAAUUUCUAUCUAAUAUUUGCUCAUCUCAAGGAUUUGGACCAGGAAAGUUCUCGAAUUCGUAACAUUGCCGUCUAUUUGAGCAAAGAGCUGCCAUUUGAAUUUUCGGGACAAACUUUUUUCAUUUAAAUUUCGACAAAAAAAA